UGCAGCUUCAGCGUCUUUUGUUCUACCGGUGUAAUUUUUAAGUACGUUCGUACUUAUCGUUGCAAUUACAAUUGGUGUCAGCAUAUUAGUGUAAGGUGCAGCAAAAUAUUGCGAUAUUUGGUCUGCAACGGAUAUUUAAGAGAUCGGCGUUAUUUAGCCUUGCUUUUGGCUCCUUUGGAAUAUCGUACAAGAGCCCUUGAAUUCGUUGUAAUUUUGGUAAAAAUGUCAAUUAAUAAGAAGAGUGGCGUGUGGAAAUACUUCACCGAUGAGGAGGAUAAGAGAGUGAAAUGCAAGUUGUGCGGUCAGCAGUUGUCUGUGUCAAAUAAAUCCACUUGCAGUCUUAUUCGUCAUAUGGACAGACGGCACCAAUAUCGGUACAACAGGAAUUCUAGGCAGGAGCACCUUGAAGAAGAAGUACUUAUUAACAUCGAGGAUAACAGCCGUGAUCUCAUCAAGCCUCUUCCAAUGAAGAAGCAACGUCUAAGCAAUCAACAGAACUUCGAAAAACAAAGUAACACUUCUGUGCGGAAUCCACCACAGGAUGAGCGGGAUUUGGAGUACUCGGAAGAUUCUACUCAAAUACAAAAAGAUUAUACAUCGCUAGUGAUGUAUCAUGACGAUGAUUGCGCUAUGGAUAAUGAACAAACUCUUACUAAUGAAAUUCUUGUGAAAAACAGGACGCAGCCUUUGCCUAAAAAUGAGGCUACUAAUUUGGAAAAUUUUACGUCGGAUCCUUUAAUAUCUGUGUCGCGUGUGAAGCCGUUUACUAACAAAUCGCAAGGAUCGGAGGCUAAUAUAAAAUGGGAAGAAAUAUUUUCGCAAUAUAUAUUAUGCGAGCUUUAUAGAUAUGAGUACAACGACGCGCAGAGAUUGAAAGCACAACUCACGCAAGUUUGCCUAAAUUUUGAGCCACUUGAACAGGACGAAUAAUCAACUGUUUGCUUAAUUUAAUAUAUUCAGUUUUAUAAUUACUAAUGUAUAUUAGAAUAAGAUAAAAUAUAUAUAAAUACUUUUAUUA